UCAUUAGCAAAAACCUUUAAUCCCUUCAUCUUUAAAUAAACGAUUACAAAUCUUUAAACGUUACUUAACUCCCUAUCCCAUCAAAAACGCCAUGAAAAUUUCAUGAAACAGAUUCUCUCACAUUCUUAUCCCUCCUCCCCAAAACGAUGACCACCAUUACUACUUCUCUCUUCUUGUUACUUGUUAUUUCAUGUGCUCUCCAAGUUUCUUCCAACGGAGACGCUGAGAUACUUAGCCGAGUCAAAAGUAGCCGGCUUAUCGACCCGGAUGGAAAAUUAAAUGACUGGGCCAUAACCGGAGAUAACCGGAGUCCCUGUAACUGGACAGGAAUCACAUGCGACUCCAAAAACGGCGCCGUAACGGCCAUAGAUCUCUCCGGCUACGGAAUCUCCGGUGGGUUUCCGUACGGAUUCUGCCGUAUACGCACCCUCGUCAACAUCACUCUCUCUAAAAACGACCUCAACGGUACAAUGGAUUCAGCUCCUCUCUCCCUAUGCUCCCGGAUCCACGUCCUGAUCCUCACGGAGAACAGCUUCUCCGGUAAGUUACCGGAAUUCUCGCCGGAGUUUCGUAACCUCCGCGUUCUCGAGCUGGAAUCCAACCUGUUCACCGGCGAGAUUCCAGAAAGCUACGGAGAGCUCUCAUCUCUAAGAGUUUUGAAUCUCAACGGCAACUCGCUCGCCGGAAUCGUUCCGGCGUUUCUUGGUAACUUAACCGAGCUGACUCGUCUCGAGCUCGCGUACGUCGGCUUCGAGCCUGGUCCGAUCCCUUCGACGUUCGGGAGCUUGACGAAGCUGAGUAACCUCCGGCUAACUAACUCGAACCUCGUCGGAGAGAUUCCCGAUUCGAUCGGGGAUCUGGUUUCGCUAGUGAAUCUCGAUUUAGCUAUGAAUGGUCUCUCCGGAGAGAUACCGGAGAGCAUCGGAAAGCUCAAAUCGAUUUAUCAGUUGGAGCUUUUCCUAAACAAGCUAUCGGGAAAGUUGCCGGAGAGCAUCGGGAACUUAACGGCGAUGAGGAAUUUCGACGUUUCGCAGAAUAAUCUUAACGGUGAGGUAACGGAGAAGAUCGCUUCUCUCCAGCUCGUUUCUUUCCAUCUCAAUGAUAACUUCUUCACCGGAGAGUUGCCACGUGUCAUAGCUUUGAAUCCUAAUCUCGUUGAUUUCAUGAUAUUCAACAACAGCUUCACGGGGACGUUACCUACGAACUUCGGUAAAUUCUCCGGUUUAACUGAAUUUGACGUCUCGACGAAUAAUUUCUCAGGCGAUUUACCGCCGUAUCUUUGCUACGGUAAGAAACUUGAAGGGCUAAUCAGUUUCGGUAAUCAGUUAAGCGGCGAGAUUCCGGAGUCGUACGGUGAGUGUGACUCACUUAAUUAUAUUCGUAUGGCGGAUAACAAACUCUCUGGUGAAGUUCCGGUUAAGUUUUGGGAGCUUCCUCUUACUCGUCUCGAGCUAUCCAACAAUCAGUUACAAGGUUCGAUUCCUCCGUCGAUAUUUAAAGCUCGUGAUCUCUCUCAGCUCGAGAUCUCCGGGAACAACUUCUCCGGUACGAUUCCGGCGAGAAUCUGUGAUCUCGGAGAACUCAGGGUCGUCGAUCUCAGCCGUAACCGUUUCUCGGGAUCUAUUCCGUCUUGCAUUAACCGUUUGAAGAAUCUGGAGAGAGUGGAGAUGCAGGAGAACGCGCUCGACGGCGAGAUUCCGAGUUCAGUGAGUUCGUGCGCCAAAUUAACCGAGUUGAAUCUCUCCGAUAACCGUCUCCGCGGCGGAAUUCCACCGGAGCUUGGUGAGUUACCGGUUUUGAACUAUUUGGAUCUUUCCGAUAAUCAGCUCACCGGUGAGAUUCCGGCCGAGUUGUUGAAGCUGAAGCUGAAUCAAUUCAACGUCUCCGAUAACAGACUCUCCGGUAAGAUCCCUACUGGUUUUCAACAAAAUGUUUUUCUACCGAGUUUUUUGGGUAACCCGGAUCUCUGUGCUCCGGAUAUGGAUCCGAUUCGACCUUGCCGAUCCAAACCCGAGCCGCGGCUCGUCCUGGUGAUCUCUGCCUUUUGCAUCGCUGCACUGAUCGGAGCUUUGGUUUGGCUUUUUAUCAAAACCAAGCCGUUAUUCCUGAGAAAACCGAACCGGACCGAUAAAGUAACUAUUUUCCAGCGAGUCGGGUUCACUGAGGAAGAUAUAUAUCCGCAAUUAACAGAGGAUAACAUAAUCGGGUCUGGCGGGUCGGGUUUGGUUUACAGAGUGACACUCAAGUCAGGCCAAACGCUCGCGGUGAAGAAACUCUCGGGAGGACCGGGUCGAAAACCCGAAUCUGAAUCUGUUUUCAGAUCCGAGGUAGAGAUUCUGGGUCGGGUCAGACAUGGAAACAUAGUGAAGCUUCUCAUGUGUUGCAACGGCGAAGAGUUUCGGUUUUUAGUGUACGAGUUCAUGGAAAACGGCAGCUUGGGUGACGUUUUGCAUUCGGAGAAAGAACAUCGUGCCGUUUCUGCGCUUGAUUGGACGACGCGGUUCUCGAUCGCGCUUGGUGCAGCUCAGGGACUUGCUUAUCUACAUCAUGACUCUGUUCCGGCGAUUGUUCACCGUGACGUCAAAAGCAAUAAUAUAUUGUUGGACCAUGAGAUGAAGCCACGUGUUGCUGAUUUUGGUUUAGCUAAACCGUUGAAAAGAGAGAACAAUAAUGGUGUCUCUGAUGUUUCUCCCAUGUCUUGUGUUGCUGGAUCCUACGGCUACAUUGCUCCAGAAUAUGGUUAUACGUCGAGAGUGAAUGAGAAGAGCGAUGUGUAUAGUUUUGGUGUCGUGUUACUCGAGUUGAUCACCGGUAAAAGGCCAAAUGAUUCGUCGUUUGGGGAGAAUAAAGACAUUGUUAAGUAUGCAAUGGAGUCAGCUUUGUGUUACUCUUCUCCAUCACCUGAAGACAAAGCUAUGAAUCAAGAUUCAGCUGGAAACUUUAGAGAUCUUAGCAAGCUUGUGGAUCCAAAGAUGGAACUUUCUACGAGGGAAUAUGAAGAGGUAGAGAAAGUUCUGGAGAUUGCGUUGCUUUGCACGUCAUCGUUUCCGAUUAAUAGACCGACCAUGAGGAAAGUAGUGGAGUUGCUCAAAGAGAAGAAGUCACUUGAGUGAGACACUUUAUUUUAAUAUUAGCAUUGUUACUUAAUUGAUAGAUGGACUAUUAGAAAACUAAUUAAAAAGGUUAAACAGCUAAUUAUUUCUUUCA